CGAGCCAUGGCUUUCCUGUGGAUCCUCUCCUGCCUUGCCUUCGUCGGCGCCGCCUACGGUUGCGGCUCCCCCGCCAUCCCCCCCGUCAUCACCGGGUACUCCCGUAUUGUGAACGGUGAGGAGGCUGUGCCUCACUCCUGGCCCUGGCAGGUGUCCCUGCAGGACUACACCGGCUUCCACUUCUGCGGUGGCUCUCUCAUCAGUGAGAACUGGGUGGUGACCGCUGCUCACUGCAGCGUCAGGACUUCCCACCGUGUGAUCCUUGGCGAGCAUGACCGCUCCUCCAACGCUGAAGCUGUCCAGGUCAUGAAGAUCGGCCAGGUCUUCAAGCACCCUCGCUACAACGGCUACACCAUCAACAACGACAUCACUCUGAUCAAGCUGGCCAGCCCUGCCCAGCUCAACGUGCGUGUGUCCCCUGUGUGCGUUGCCGAGACCAGCGACAACUUCCCCGGAGGCAUGAGAUGUGUGACCAGCGGAUGGGGUCUGACCCGCUACAACGCUCCUGACACCCCCGCCCUCCUGCAGCAGGCCGCCCUCCCCCUCCUGACCAACGAGCAGUGCAAACAGUACUGGGGCAGCAGAAUCAGCGACCUGAUGAUCUGCGCUGGAGCUUCCGGAGCCUCCUCCUGCAUGGGUGACUCUGGUGGCCCCCUGGUCUGCGAAAAGGCUGGAGCCUGGACCCUGGUUGGUAUUGUGUCCUGGGGCAGUGGAACCUGCACUCCCACCAUGCCCGGCGUCUACGCCCGUGUCACUGAGCUCCGCUCCUGGAUGGACGAGACCAUCGCUUCCAACUAAGCUCAUCUCACAACACAGCUUUCAGACUGAAAGCAUUAAUAUAUGAGGCAUCAAUAAAUCACAGAAACUCUGA